CGCCUUAUAUAAUGAGAUGCAUUAUUGUUACUUGAGAGAGCCACAAAAUGGAGGGCUACAGAGUAUGUGUUCUUGCAGUUGUUUCGGUGCUAAUAUUCUCUCCGGUUGCUCAUACUUGGGGGGUUGAUGGGCAUCUCACAGUUUGCAGGAUUGCCCAGUCGCGGUUGAGCGAAGCAGCGGCAGAUGCUGUGACGAAGCUGUUGCCGGAGUCGGCGGAGGGUGAUCUAGGGAGUGAAUGUUCAUGGGCAGACCGUGUCAAGUUCCGGUAUCACUGGUCAUCUGCUCUUCAUUACAUUGAUACCCCUGAUGAUCUCUGCACCUUCCAGUACAAUAGGGAUUGCAAGGAUGAAGAUGGAGUGAUGGACAGGUGUGUAGCAGGGGCAAUCAACAAUUACACUAGCCAGCUGCUCACCUAUGGGAAUGCUCCCUCCGAAUAUAACCUCACAGAAGCUUUGCUCUUCCUUUCUCACUUCAUGGGAGAUAUUCAUCAGCCACUGCAUGUAGGAUUUACUUCCGACAGGGGAGGCAACACAAUUGACAUCCAUUGGUAUCGAACGAAAACGGUUCUUCACCAUGUCUGGGAUACCAGCAUGAUUGAGACCUCCGAAACGCGAUCAUACGAUUCAAACCCAGAUGGACUCAUAGCAGCAAUCCAAGCAAAUAUUACGGGUGAAUGGGCAGAUCAAGUCAAGGCAUGGGAGACCUGCGGCAGUAAUGUCACAACAUGUCCAAAAACAUAUGCAUCUGAGGGAAUUAAAGCAGCCUGUGAUUGGGCAUACAAGGGUGUUAGUGAAGAUUCAGUACUACAAGAUGACUACUUUGACUCUCGUAUACCAAUCGUCACGUGGCGGUUAGCUCAAGGAGGAGUUCGGUUGGCAGCGACUCUUAACCGUAUAUUCGGUUGAAUAACAGAUUCAGUUCUCGCAUCGAGGGAAAACUCGAGAAAUCCUAAGGCUGUAAACAUCAUUAAACUAUGGAUUCAUUGGAUUGUAAGCAUUACUGUGAUCUACAUUUAAAGUUCUUGAAUUACUUUUAAUAGAGAAAUUUUUGCUCCUCUGGCAAACCAAAAUCUCAG